AUGGGGAACCGGCAAGGCGCCGCGCAAGGCAUCAUCUACGCCAGCCCGCCGACGAACACGCGCGCAUUCCAUGUCGCGGACAUGUACGUACGUGGGACGCACAGGUCCGCAGGUGACGCGUUCCGAUCCGUGCAGUGCGUCUUCUCUGGGCUGAACGAUCUUUGCACCAACUAG